AUGAGCUCAGGUACACUCAUCAUCCUCGUGUCAACUUCUCUUUGUAACCUUUUAGUUAUCACACCCAGCUAUCUGCUCUAUGUGACCUUCAAAGACGUCAUCGAGCAGAUGGUGCGUGUGCUGGCCAAAGACCUAGGCACAAAAGGUAUCUGUGUCAAUGGUGUUGCUCCAGGGCCUACGGCGACAGAGCUCUUUUUCCAGGGCAGGAGCGAAGAGCUGGCCAACAGGAUUGCAAGUGGGAACCAUUUCGAUAGAGUCGGUGAGCCAAGGAUCGCGUACUUCUCUGGUGAAUGCGGGGCUUGGGUCAAUGGGUAG